AUAGUAACUUAGUAGGUAAACACGGCACGCGGUUUAUACAUAUGGAAAUCGAAAGUGGUUUUGUAAAGAAAUCACAAAAUGGCGUCUAACUUGAACAAUUCGCAGCAAAAGGGAUCAGACGUAUUUUACGACGUUUGUUGUUCUGUUUGCGAAGAGGAUGGGAUACAUAAUGAAGGACUGUUUCAUUGUAAAAUAUGUUUUAAAACAUACUGCGACGAAUGUGUGAAAAUGCACAAAAAGCUACAUAAGGAUCACGCGGUGUCAGCGAAAUGUGACGGUGAAAGCUGGUAUGUUGCGAACAAAGUGGACGAUACUAUAGAGUUAUGUGAGGAGCACACGACUGAGAAACUAACGAUGUUCUGUGAAGAUCAUGAACAGUUGCUAUGUCAAUUAUGUCUCCUCCUAAAACACAGGCAAUGCAGUAAGGUGUUUACAUUGGCUGAACAGGCCAAAUCAAACCCACAACGUAUACCCCUUGUUCAAGUGACGAAAGGAAUAGAAAAGUCGCAGAAGCGUUUAAAGGAUAUGGUGGACAGAGGAAAAGAUAACAUAAAAUCACUUAAAGCUUCUUACGAACAAAUUUGUGAAGAAAUACUUGAUGAACGUCGACAGAUCAACGAGAAUCUUGACCGACUUCAGCAAAACACCAUAAGAGAAUUGCAAUCAAUUCACGAGCGCUUAAAUAAUUCCAUUGAAGAUGACACCAAGCGAUGCUUAGAAUGUAUUUCAAAGUUAAAGAUAUAUGGCGCUAAGCUCAAAGACAAUAUUCUACCUGAACGAACGUUUAUUACGUUAAGAAAAUGUAUUGAUCAAACUGCUGCAGCAGAUUCACUCCUAAAAAGCAUGAUCAAGAAUGAUGGAACUGAUAUUAAAUUCCAGCCUAACCGUGAAUUGAUUCAAUGUCAUGCAGACUGCACUGAUCUUGGGAAAAUCAUCAUAGGCGAGCCACAACAUAACGUUGAUCCAAACAAGAUUGUAAGCAUCGAGGACAAGUCAGAAUAUAAUGUUCGAACAGCUACUUAUACAUACACAUGUUCGAUUACGGGUAUAUGUACGACUUCCAACGGGGAUAUCAUCAUUGCUGACUGGUACAAUAAUUGUGUGAAGCUCCUUAAUCAAGCGUACAAGGUGAUUGAUCAAGUUCAGCUUCCUACUUAUCCGUGGUCCAUGUGUAGCAUUUCCUCAGACGAGAUUGCGGUGACUGUUCGCAGACAUGAAGCCGAUGCUCUUAACGGGAUUCAUUUAUUACGGGUAGAUGGCGGAAAGAUUAUACGCAAACAGGUUCUACAAAUGAAUCAUGCCUGUUUUGGAAUUGCGCAUGUCGAUGCAGAAGUGUUUGUGACUUCCGGUACUGCGUUGUACGAAUACACAAUGAACGGACGGUUAGUUAAGAAGUUAUACGAAGAUAGUACUGGAAAAGCCCGAGUUGUAGGUGUUGGGAUGAGUCCUGAUGGGAAGAUGAUCUAUGUGACGGACUUAAAUAAUGGCAUGCUUCGCACGCUGACCAGGGAUGGAACAGUCACAGCUACGUUCCAGGAUCCCGCAUUCAAACCUGGCAAUGUUACAGCUAACAUACAUGUGGCAGCCACAGGGCAGGUUUUCGUCUUUGGUCACAACUCCAUAAGUCAAGUGGAUACAGUCGGCAAGACAAUCCUCAAUACCAUCUCUGUUGACAUUGCAAAACCUGCAUCUGUCUACUUUAAUGAAGAAACGAGAAAACUAAUAGUUGGAUUUUGGGGCCACGACAACAUCAAUGAGUUCAAAACAAAAACAGUUCCGACUUUUUAAUUGACAAAUAAAGAAAGUAAUUACAGCAUUACGUAAUUUAUACUAUUAUUCAUUUAUUAACCGAAUUUCUAUUUCAAUAAAUUAAGAGGCUUUUAUAAUUAAAUUCAACCGUUUUAUUAUUUUCCUUUAUUGUACAAUUUUACAUGAACGGAAUUUAUGUAAUGCAUGUAAUUUACUUUCGGUAAACGGUUGCGAUUUUAUUAAUAGCAUUGAAUUUUGGUUUUGAAGUGCAUGUUUGUGUUUGUAUGUAUUCAAGUUUUUUAGACUUUUAUUCAGAUUUAAUUUCAUAUCGUCAUUUAAAAUGUGUGCUAGUUAUAGUCAUGACAGUCAGAUAAGCUACAAUUAGACCUGAUCAAAACAUGGAAAUAAUGUCAUUCAUUAUAGUUAGCUCACCUGAGCAUGAAGUGGUCAAGGCAAGCUAUUGUAAUCACCCUACGCCCGUUUUCUUUCAGCGUGUAUUGUGCUUUGUGUGUCAUCAACUGUUAGCUCAUUAACAUUCUAGAGGUAACAUGUUUUAUCCGAUCUUGAUUAAACUUGGUCAGCAUAUUUAUUUGGAAAAUGAAUUAUUCUGAGUCAAGUUAGCGUAACAAUAGGUGACCAUGUAAAAUGGUUAAAAAAGACAUGUGUGUAUAUGUAUGUAUGUGUUUAUGUAUAUAUGUGUGUAUAUGUGUAUAUAUCUAUGUAUGUGUGUAUGUAUGUAUAUGUAUGUGUAUAUAUUUAUAUAUGCAUGUAUGUGUGUAUAUGUGGGUAUAUAUGUAUAAUAUGUAUAUAAUAUAUACACAGCAUACAAUUCAUAAUAUGUAGCGACUUCCGAGUAUUGGCGCGUAACGUCACGUUCACGUCGGGUAACGUUACGUCAUUUAUUUAUAUUUUUGUAUUUACUUCCGUUAUGAUCGACAGAAGAAAACGCUAUGUAAAGUUGUCUUAAUAAUCGUUUACUGAAGAAGGCCUUUGGCCGAAAUAUUUAAUAAAAUAGUUAAUGUAUGAAGAAUGUACUACAUCCUUGUAUCAAUUCGUUUGACGUGUUGAUUCUUUUUUAUUUCUGCAGAAAUUGAAUACUUUACAUUUGAUUUCGAGUGAUAUGUCGUACCUCUAUAUAUUGACUGCGCCUCUUUAUCUCUUUAUCAUACCACUAUAUAUAAUUUAUAACACCUGCGUUGAUAUCGGCUUGAUACAAAGGUGCCUGUUUUAUUAAAUCACAAUAUCAGAGAUUGUUCAGUUGGUGAAUGUUUAUUGGUUAGCCUAUAACGCUUCCAAAUCAGGCAUUGGUAGCGCUCCAAGCGCCUUCGAAAAAUAUAAUUAUAUGAGCCGCGCUCUGUGAAAAGGGGGUUUAACGCAUGUGCGUUAAGUGACACUUUCCGCCUUACCUUGGUUUUUCCUAAGAAAAGACUUUCUUUACACAAACAAUAUCAAAAGGGCGGAAAGUGUCGUCACUGAUUAGCCUGUGCCGACUGCACAGUUUUAAUCUGGGACGAUACUUUACACACAUGAAUUCAACGCUCUUUUCACAGAGCACGGCUCAUUUGUUCUGUUGCGUCUAUUCUGACAAGCAUUGUUUGUUGUGAUUUUAGAAGCAUGAAUGUUUUUGGUUUAUUGUAUUAUAUCAGUUAUUCUUUUGUUUAAAAUGAUGUACAUUUAGAGUUGCUGUAUGUAUAAAAAUAUUUUAUGCGAUUGUUUUAUGUUAAUUGUCGUUUAAAUACUAUGUUAUAAGUUUGUGUUUCUUUUUUUCUAAUUUGCUAAUGGAAUUUUCUAUUUGCUUAUAUAUGGUUUAAAUAAAACAUGUUUGUAUUCGUU